ACCCAUUCAGGUGAAAAAGUGAGGGAUGGGAAGGAGUUGCUAAAAGGCGUUUUCUGUGUUGCUUCGAGGACUUUCACAGACAGACAUUUUUGUGGAGAGAGAGAGAGAGAGAUUUUUUUAUCUGUGCGAGAAUGGAGUGAAGUGUGUGACUAUGGGACUGGGAGAAAAAUUGAAGUAAAAGAAAAAAAAACCCAUCUACUUUCUUUCUCAGCUUCAAUCCUUUUCUUCAAAUCUCCAAUUUUUUUUUUUGUUCUUCUCUUCCCUUUGCGUUCACGUUUGCUGUAUUAUUAUUAGGGUAAUUUUUUUUGAUUGCUUGCCUUGGAUGUUUAAUUGGUUGUAAAAUUCCAUACAUGGGAAGAUGAAAUUUAGUGUUGUUUUGAUUCCCAGAAAUUGAAUUCCGCUGUGGGAUUCUAAUUUUUGUUGGGGAAGAAGAAGUGAAUUUUGGGUUCAUUAGCUUGCUUGUUUUGAGAGAUCAUUUUGGGUCUGAAUCAGGGGUUUCUUGAAACCUCUGUAAGAAUUUGAUUCUGAGCAGACAGAUAAUAAUUACUCUGUUUAUUUUGGCUGUGAAAAUAAGGGAAGCUCAGAUUCUUGAUUUUGGAUUUUGGAUUUUUACUGGUAAAGAGAAUGAUUAACUUCAUGGAGUCUAAAGAAAGCUUGGUUGAAGACGGUGACAAAUGUUUGGAUCCUCAGCUAUGGCUGGCCUGCGCCGGCGGCGGCAUGGUGCAGCUGCCGGUGGAGAAUUCGACGGUGUUCUAUUUUCCUCAAGGGCACGCCGAACAUGCUUCCGGGAACGUCGAUUUCAGGAGUUGUCCCAAGGUUCCCUCUUACAUUCCAUGUCGGGUGUCUCGAGUGAAGUUCUCUGCAGAUUUCGAGACAGACGAGGUAUAUACGAGGAUGAGGUUGGUGCCAAUAGGUAUGACCGAAUUGGACACUGACGACGGCGGCGGCGCCGCGGCUGAGAAUCAGGAGAAGCCGGCGUCGUUUGCGAAGACGUUGACGCAGUCCGACGCCAACAAUGGCGGAGGAUUUUCAGUGCCGAGGUAUUGCGCCGAGACAAUAUUUCCUCGGCUGGACUACUCUGCGGAUCCUCCCGUUCAGACAAUCUUCGCAAAGGAUGUCCGCGGCGAGACAUGGAAAUUCAGGCACAUUUACAGGGGGACGCCGCGGCGGCAUCUGUUGACGACGGGGUGGAGCACUUUUGUGAACCAGAAGAAGCUCGUGGCGGGAGAUUCGAUCGUGUUUAUGCGAUCAGCGAAUGGCGAUCUUUGCGUCGGGAUUAGGCGAGCCAAAAGAGGCGUCGGCCGGGGUAAUGAUACUAUAAUCGGUUGGAAUCCGGUGGGCUAUAACGCCGCCUUUCCGUACGGUGUUUUUCCAGCGUUUAUGCACGAGGACGAGGCUAAGUCGAGCGGUAGAAAUGGCGACGAAAGCAGCGGCGGCAAUGGCUGGAUUGGGCGCGGGAAAGUGAAGGCGGAGGAUGUGAUAGAAGCAGUGAAUUACGCUGCCCGCGGGCAGCCGUUCGAUGUGGUUUACUAUCCUCGGGCAAGCGCGCCCGAGUUCUGCGUAAAGACAGCUCUCGUGAAAGCAGCAUUGCGAAACCGGUGGUUUUCGGACAUGAGGUUUAAAAUGGCGUUCGAGACGGAGGAUUCUUCGCGGAUAAGUUGGUUUAUGGGGACAAUAUCUUCGGCGCACGCUGCUGAUCCUCUGCAAUGGCCCGACUCGCCUUGGCGACUGCUGCAGGUUUGUUGGGACGAGCCGGAGCUGCUUCAAAAUGUGAAGCGCGUCAACCCGUGGCAAGUCGAAUUAGUGUCGAACAUGCCUGCGAUUCACUUCUCGUCGUUUAUACCUCCCCCGAAGAAACUGAGGUUACAAUCCGUAGAGGGCCAGAUUCCGGUGCCGGCGUUUUCAGGCAACCCGAUUCUUUGUACUAAUUUCGGCUGUCUUUCGAACAACACUCCUGCUGGCAUGCAGGGAGCCAGGCAUGCUCAAUUCGGAUUGUCGUUAUCGGAAAUACACCUCAACAAAAUGCAGUCGGGUUUGCUUCCCGACGCUUCUAAUUUCGUCGGUUCCAAGUUCAUCGGCAACGAUAACGUUUCUUGCGCGCUCACCAUUGGCAAUCCGAGCCAAGGAGCGAAAAAAACAGAUAACGGGAAAUCUGGGCCGUUGAUACUAUUCGGAACGCCAAUGCUUCCGGAGAACCACACGUCCGAGAGCUGCUCGACCGAUCGUAACAGUAGCUUCGAUCGAGUGAAAACUGUUUCGGACAGUGAUGUCCGAGAUCCAAUCAAAUUAGACGAAGGUUUCCACGGCCAUUGCAAAGUUUUUGUCGAAUCCGAGGAUGUAGGCCGGACUCUCGACCUCGGUCGACUGAAUUCUUACGAAGAACUUUACAGUAAGGUAGCGAACAUGUUCGGGAUCGAAGCUUCGGACAUGCGAAACCGGGUUCGGUACUGCGACGACGGCGGCGAAGUUCGACGGCUGCUUGCAGAUGCACCGUUCAGUAACUUCGUGAGAACUGCAAGAAGACUUACAAUCGUAGCUGAUAACGAUAACAAUGGAGCUUAGUGUCGUAGAUGAGAUGGAUCGAUCAUGAAAGUCCCACUUUUAGGACAAGAUUGUUUGUCGAAGACGAGGAUUGAUCAAUUAAGGUUCGAUGAAUACUAAGUAAUACUAAUUCAGGUUGUCACGAGACAUUAAAAUUAAUUAUUACUGUUCUACUUUAAGUUGUAGUUUUACUUUUGUACAGAUUCUCAGUAUCUUGAUUGAAUAAUUCAAUGAACAUUAAUAUUUCUAGA